AUGGCGUUACCUCACACCGUGGUUGUCCCUCUCACCUACUCUGACUACACCAGCCGCCGCGUCCUCACCACGGAGUGGCUGGACGGAGAGAAGCUCUCGCAGAGCAAGGCGGAUGACGUCGGUCAGCUGGUCAACGUGGGGGUGAUCUGCUACCUCAAGCAGCUGCUGGACACGGGCUUCUUCCACGCAGACCCACACCCCGGCAACCUGAUUCGCACGCCCGAUGGCCGCCUGGCCAUCCUGGACUUUGGCCUGAUGACAGAGGUGUGCGGCCGGGACCUUUUGAGCCUGUUUAUCACCAACAGAGAUUCGUGA